CCAAAGGUGUAUAAAAUCGAGCACCUAGGCAUGUAGACUGCUUCUGCAAACAUUUGUGAAAGAAUGAGUCGCUCUCAGGAGCUCAGUGAAUUGAAGCGUGGUACCGUGAUAGGUUGCCACCUGUGCAAUAAGUCCAUCCGUGAAAUUUCCUUGCUACUAAAUAUCAACUGUUAGUGGUGUUAUAACAAAGUGGAAGCAACUGGGAACAACAGCAACUCAGCCACGAAGUGGUAGGCCACGUAAAAUGACAGAGCGGGGUCAGCGCAUGCUGAAUCGCACAGUGUACAGAAGUUGCCAACUGUCUGCAGAGUCAAUAGCUAAAGACCUUCAAUCUUCAAGUGGCCUUCACAUUAGCACAACACCAGUGCGUAGAGAGCUUCAUGGAAUUGGUUUCCAUGGCCAAACAGCUGAACCCAAGCCUUACAUCACCCAAGUGCAUGGCAAAGCGUCAGAUGGAGUGGUGUAAAGCACGCCGCCACUGGACUCUAGAGAACAGUACUUGCCUGACUGCAUUGUGCCAAGUGUAAAGUUU